UCAAACAUUAUUAAGUCGAAAUUUUCGUGAUUCUUCCCCACGUCUUUCUGUCUGCUGAGUUUCGGAUUUCUUGCUUUGUAUUUUGUGCGCGAAUCAGCUUUUUUUUCCUGAUGUGUAUUCUGUAUCUUUCUUUUGAGCAAUCUUAAAUCAACCAAAAACCGGAAACAUCCUAUCAACACUGAUUGGGCCAGUCGAGAGGUGUUCGCUCUUCUCACAUUGCGUUGCAGUGAAUUUGUGUCAUCCACAUUGCUGUUCCCAUUCCGUCCAAGGUUUCGAUGACCUGAUAGCGGAUAGAUGGUGCCGAGGAUUAUGCGAGUGGCUAGAAAUGCUGCAAACGCUGGCCCUGCGAUGGUUCCGUCGAUACAAGGUUUUCUUCCUGAUUGGACUGCUGAUUGUCGGAGCGCAGGUUUUUCUUGCGUAUAAAUUGUUGAAAAUUCCCGUCUCCGGAAACGACAGCACCGAGGAACGUGAUCUCAGCAAGCGUUUGUACGAGAAGUAUGUCAAAAAGGUGAUUGGGUCCAAUUUAUCCGCGGACGAUGAGGACCCGGCGGGUCCCUUAAGAGAUCAGCAGCAGCAGCAUCGAGCGGUUGAUGGUCACGCUAAGGAACCGGAAUCUCGGAAAGAGCCCGGGCGGACGUAUUUGAACCUGAACGAUUUGAGCUUCGUGCCACCGUGUGAAAUUCUCAGCAAGGAAACAAUUUCGGCGAUCCAUCGCGCCAAAAGUCAAUCCUGUAAGAAGCAAAUUGUCGACAUUGCCUGUGCGAUCCGGGCGGGUACGUUCUAUCCCAAGAGACUACCGAAUUUCUGCCCCAACGAAGAUUACGUGCCGAACCGAGCGUUGGGAUGCUUUCAGGAUGAGAAAAAUUUUCGCAUUCUAUCCGGCUACUAUACCAACUUCAAAAGUAACAAUUCUCCGAAGCGAUGCAUUCAACUCUGUCUGCAGUCGGGCUUUCAGUACGCCGGUGUGCAAUAUUCUACCGAAUGUUUCUGUGGUAAUGAAGAACCAAAGGCUUCGGCAAAAUUGCCCGAUUCUAGCUGUAAUAUGAAAUGUUCCGGUGAUCCGAGACAAGCCUGCGGGGGUUAUUUCACCACCAAUGUUUACGAAACAGGAAUUGCUAAGUUCAGUGCCCAAACAACGGAGAUAAUACCAAAAGCUGGAGAAGAGCCGACGCGGAUUGCAUUCCUGCUGACCUUGAACGGAAGAGCUUUACGACAAGUUUAUCGACUACUGAAGGCAUUGUACAGUCCUAGGCACUAUUAUUUCAUACACGUUGAUUCGCGUCAAGAAUAUCUUUACCGAGAGCUGCUGAAGCUGGAAAGUAACUUUCCAAACAUUCGCUUGUCGCGCCACCGGUGGUCCACUAUUUGGGGUGGUGCGUCUCUGCUGCAGAUGUUGCUGUCAUCCAUGGAAUACCUGCUGGUGGAAACACCCACCUGGAAGUGGGACUUUGUGUUGAAUCUAAGUGAAAGUGACUUUCCCGUUAAGACACUGGAUAAAUUGGUACGGUUUUUGAGUGCAAAUCAAGGAAAAAACUUUGUGCGAAGUCACGGACGGGAAGUUCAGCGGUUCAUUCAGAAGCAAGGACUGGACCGAACGUUUGUGGAGUGUGAUAAUCACAUGUGGAGAAUUGGGGAUCGGGUUUUGCCGUCCGGGGUACAAAUCGACGGUGGAAGCGAUUGGAUUUGCCUGUCACGAAGUUUCGCAAAGUACGUAACGGAAGGACGGACCAACAGUAAUGAGCUGAUCGAGGGAUUGCUGGUGAUUUUCAAACAAACAAUUCUACCGGCGGAAUCCUUUUUUCAUACUGUGCUGCGGAAUUCCGAGUUUUGCAACAGUUAUGUGGACAAUAAUUUACACGUGACCAACUGGAAACGGCGGUUGGGUUGCAAGUGUCAGUACAAACAGAUAGUGGACUGGUGCGGGUGCAGUCCGAAUGAUUUUAAACCGGAAGAUUGGACCAAGUUGCAGGGAACGGAACCGAAGCAGUUCUACUUUGCACGAAAAUUCGAACCGAUCAUUAAUCAGGAAGUUAUUUUGCAACUCGAAGAAUGGGUCCACGGACCGUACCCGGCGGACUAUCCGAAUCUUCACUCGUACUGGCAAAACUUUUACCAUUAUGAAGAUCAAGCUGGAUCGCCGGAUGGGGCCACCUUGAACGUGGCUCAGAGCAUCCUACGGAUAACGGCCAAUGCCCGGAUGAAUCAAUUUCAGGAACCAUUUCGGAUACGAGAGCUUAACCAUUACCUGGAUCACGACAAUUAUCGAGGAUUUUUGAUUCUCUACGAGGCCACCAUCGGCAGUCAACGGGUUCUGCUGGAGACGCGAGUUCAGCCGAACAAUUCGGCGCAAGUGUCAAAAUCGGCUCCCCUCGGGCGACGUCUUACGAAACUCGAAGUGAGCACCGAUUUCGACCAGAAAGAACAACUGUCUCGCAACUUCCAGCGAAUCAUCGGAAGUCAGAACGAACUGGUACUGAUCUUCCGACUGGCUGCACUACGGACCGAAAAGAACACGACCAGCCACACGCUGGCAGUUUUGUGGAUCGAUCCUCGCGGAGAACUGGCCGACAGUGCCGAGCUAGUCAUUGAAGAUAGUCCUUCUGGACCGCCGGAGAAUUUAGUUCAUUUUAGCAAGGCUGUCAACCUGCGACAACCGCUGCCCCCGGGUAUAUGGACAGCGAAGUUGGUCCACAAGAAAGCACUGCUCGGAAUUACCCGCUUUCUGGUGAGUGACAGCGCGUCAAUCGCCAACACCAAUCAGACUACCAAAGAACAGGAACAGGCAAAGCUGGACACAUUGGUGUCGCAAUUUUUUACCAUUAAACAGACCUGCUGGGUGGGGAAGGAUGGAAUCGUACCGCCAAGUAUUUCAACAAACGAACAAACGCAACCAUUGGAAGAGUGCAGCAGAACCAGUUGGAGCAGUUUGGCACCGGAUCCAAAGAGUGACAUCAACACGGCUACCGAGAAAUAUCCCGAUGGGAUGGAGUUUUUAUAAGUUGAUAACCGACCCGAGUGUUGUGUAGUUUUAGCGAUGGUAAGAGGUAUUGUUUUGUUUUGAAAUUU